AUGCUGGGUGCCGGUGCCGAUGGCGACGCGUUCAUCAACGGUAAAGAAGGCCCCGCAGGCGCCGACCUUCUCCUCCCGCAUCACAAAGCCCGUAUCGAUAUCCUACUGAAACGAGCCAACCUGUAUUCCACCUUCCUCGCCCGUGACUUGGAGAAGCGGCAGGAGGAGUUGAGGAACGGCUUUUGUAUUUUGGGUGAGGGUGGCGAUGGAGGUGGCGAUGUCGAGGUGGGUGGUGGAGCAGACGACGUUGGGGCCAAGGCUUUGGUGGAGGAGGAUAUGGAUGGAGACAUCGAGCCGCCUGCGAGGGUGAUGGUGCGGAAAGACAGGGGCGGACGACGGGGGAAGCGGAAGGCUGCUGCUGAGACCCGGACGACAUCAUCCAAACGCCAAAAACCACUCAACCCGCCUCCCACCCCCGCCCCCGAACCGCUCCCACCUCCCCGCACAACACGGCAACCCACCCUCGUCACCGGCGGUGAAAUGCGCGAGUACCAGCUCGUCGGCAUGGAGUGGCUGAUCAGCCUGUACGAGAACGGCCUGAACGGGAUUUUGGCGGACGAGAUGGGAUUGGGCAAGACGCUGCAGGUGAUUGCGUUCCUGGCGCAUCUGUGGGAGGUUGGCACCCGCGGCCCGUUUUUGAUCGUGGUGCCGUUGUCGACGCUGGUUAACUGGGUGAGCGAGUUUGAAAGAUUCGCUCCAACGAUCCCCGUCCUCCUCUACCACGGCCCCAAAGAAGAGCGCGACUACCUCCGGCGCAACCGCCUCUCCCCCAGCUCCACCACACCCUUUCCCAUCAUCGUAACAACCUACGAGAUCUGCAUGCGGGACAAGAACCACCUCCAGCUGCUCAAAUGGGUGUAUGUGAUUGUGGACGAAGGACAUCGGCUGAAGAACCUGGAUUGUAAGCUGAUUAGGGAGUUGAAGAGUUAUCGGAGCGCGAAUCGGUUGUUGUUGACGGGGACGCCUAUACAGAACAACCUAAGCGAACUCUGGUCAUUGCUCAAUUUCGUACAGCCGGAUAUCUUUUCUGAUCGGUCUGCUUUCGAGCAAUGCUUCGACUUUGGCGACGACAUGACGCAACUCACAACCUCCGUAACGCAAAAGGAGAUCCUGCAGCGGCAGCUCGAGACGGAGUUUGUCACGCAGCUGCACGAGAUUCUGAAACCGUUCCUUUUGCGUAGGAUCAAAACUGAAGUCGAACUCUCCCUCCCCCCCAAACGCGAAUACAUCCUCCACGCCCCCCUAACCCCCCUCCAGAAACGACUCUAUGCCGCAACACUCAAAGGCGAGCUGCGCGAAACCAUCAAAGCCAUUCUCCUCGGGUCAGGAAAAGAUAUCACCGCGGCGCCUGUGGGAAUUGGGAAGAGGAAACGGGUGGUGAGGGGGAGUUAUAGGGAGUUGAUUGAAGAUGGGUUGGAGGGGGAGGUGGAGAGUGAUAGUGAGGGGGAAGGGGAAGGGGAGGAAGAUGAGGAUGGGGAAGAGGAGAGAGAGGAAAAAGAGCGGGGUGUGGUGGUGGGUGUGCCGAAUGGCAGGGAUGGGGAUAAGGAUCGGGUUGUUGACAUCGCUCUCCGAGCCCAAAACCUGCAAUCCCCCGUCGUCCAGCUUCGCAAAAUCUGCAACCACCCGUACCUCUUCAACCUCGACGUCGCGCUCGAUCCCCAACCGCCGUAUGCCACGCCUAGUCCACAUUCCACCACCGGUGACAAAACCGCAAUCCCGCCUAGAUCCCUCCCCACAACCCCCCCGGGCAUCGUCUCCACCUCCGGCAAGAUGCUGAUCCUGCACAAGCUGCUCCCGAACCUCUUUGAGCGCGGCCACCGUGUGCUGCUGUUCAGCCAGAUGACCCGCGUGCUGGAUCUCGUCGGACGGUGGUGUGAGGAGGUCAUGGGGUGGGAGUAUUGUCGGCUGGAUGGGGCCACGGAUGUGCUUUUGCGGAGGGAUGAGAUCACCCGUUUCGAAUCCCACCCAUCGAUCCCCCUCUUCCUCCUCACAACCCGCGCCGGCGGCCUCGGGAUCAACGUGACCUCAGCCGACACGGUCAUCAUCUUCGACUCGGACUGGAACCCGCAGAUGGACCUGCAGGCGCAGGACCGCGUGCAUCGGAUCGGGCAGACGAAGAGUGUGGUUGUGUAUCGGUUGGUCGCGCAGGGGACGAUUGAGGAACGCGUGCGCGGGCUGGCGGAGGGGAAGAGGCGGUUGGGCGAGGUGGUUGUGCAUCGGGGCCGCCACGCAGAUUACAAGUCUCGCCAGAAAAUCCAAAACGAGGAAUUGGCAGCUUUGCUCGCUGCCGAAUGUUCUGCGAUCCACGCGUCCUCCUCAUCCUCAUCAUCAUCCUCGGGACUCUCGUUGGAUGCGACGGCUACCCUCCCCACGACGGGUGGUGAAGCGGCGACGCAGGAUGGUAGUGGGAAAAUGGGGUGUGGGAUGGGGAUAUUGGAGGAUGAUGAGGAGUUGGAGAGGAUUUUGAGAAGGGACUGA